CCCUCGGCGCGACAGCCAAUCAGCGGCCGCCUUCCGUCCCUCCUCGCCCCCGCCAGCCAAUCGGCGCCUUUGUUUUGGCCGCAGCCACCAGGCAAAACAAGGCGGAUAUUCCCCCAUGAGGGAGGAAGGCCGACCAUGGGGCUUAUCAUAUCCAGGUUUAGGAAAAAGCCAUCAACCAAAGAGCUUUUGGAAAAGAUCCAGAAGGAUGUCGAGGGGAUUGAAGAGUAUCGCAGUCACACACAGCAGCGGCAGAAGAGGCUGGUUGGCUACCUCGUGCUUUACUCCAUUGUCCUGUACCUGAUAGCCGCCCUUGUAUGCUACUUUUACUACUUCCCAGACAAUCUCCAGCACCGGCUCCUCUAUGCCAUGCCCUUCGUAGUCUUUCCUUUCCUAGUUUAUAUACUUAAGCGAAUACUGACGUGGUAUUAUUCUCGGAAAAUUAAAAAAAAUGAGGAAAAUUUGAAAACUCUAUUAGAGCGGAAAGAGAAGAUCUUGGAGGAUGUGAUGGAGACGGAGACAUACAAGGUGGCUAAAGAGAUCCUGGAGAAGUAUGCACCAGAUCAGCUACGCAAGAACCAGAUGCACAAAACAACAGCAGUCAGUGGAGCCUCACCAGUCACUUCUCUCCACUCAGAUGUUAGAAGACGGGUAGUGAACACAACCAGCACCCCACAGCCCCGCAUGGCUGGUGUUGGGGUGCGGCCGCAGGGGCUACCACACCAGACCCCCAUCUUCACCCCCAGGCCCAUAAUAACGCCUCAGGCCACACCAGUCAGACCAGUGGGUGGUGUGGGUCCCUUGAGGUCAGUUCCAGCGUUGGGCUCCCCACCCGGCCCUCCAGGACCCAGACUAGGCCUGACCUCCUCUGCCCAGGUGUCCUCCCUCCAGACUCCAAUGCCCCGUGGAGAAGUGGUUAGGGGGGAGGGUGGCCCCCCCGGGCCCCCUAUGCCGCGGCCAGUGCUUCCCCGCGAGAGAGGUUACCUGGAUCGCUUCAUAGAGUACUUGGUGGGUGACGGCCCCGCCAACCGCUUUGCCUUGGUGUGCCGGCAGUGUGAGUCGCACAAUGGCAUGGCCCUCAAGGAUGAAUUCCAGUACCUGGCUUUCCGGUGUGCUUACUGCUUCUACUGGAACCCUGCCCGAAAGCAGCGCCCCUCAGCCCCCCGCCUGGAGGACCUGGCUCCCCAGCUGCCCCCUCCCCUGCCCACUACUCAGGACCAAGAUGAAGAGGAGGAGGAGGAUCAAGAAUCAUCAUCAGGUGAAGAAGAGGAGGAAGAAGAAGAAGGAGGUGCAGAAGAAUCUGAAAGCAACAGCUCUGGUGAGGAGGAGGAGGGCCCAGCAUCCUCAGAGAUGUCUAGCACCAAGGCCACAUCAAGUCAGGAAGGUGUGUGCUGUGCUCCACCACCAGGUUCUCUGGAGGAUCUGGCCAAGUCAACACCAUCAUCUGACCCAACCACUUCAGAUGACCACCCGCCACCUUCAGGGGAUGCAGCCUUAGGGUCAGCUGGCCUCACCUCCUCCUCCACAACUCCACCCUCCUCCACUAAUGAGGCAGAAGAAACCGAAUAGAAGUUUCCAGUCAUUGAUCUGGACUGAGGCUGUGACUCAGUUAAUAAUACACCAAGUGAAGUGUUCUUGUGUUGCUGUUGUCUGUCCACCUCCCAAGCUUGUGUUCCUUUGUAGACUGCUUCAUACCUGACAUUUUUGGACUCUUCUCCAGGUCUUGGUACCCUCAGGAAAACUGGGCAUAUACAUCCUUUUCUGCACAUCACUGUCUGUUUUGACUUCAUCCACUUCCCCAACUCUCAGAUCUAGUUACUUGCUUGUAAAUGUACUUAAUUUCCUUUUCUCCUAUUUUUGGCAUCAUAGAAUUAUGCCUUUAGUGAAGUGUUGGCUUUUGCACAAAACAUUACAUAGUAGCCACACAUUCUUUCAUAAUUUCUAUCAUCAGGAAUCUUCCACUGAUCUCUCACUGCCAGUAUUUUCUAAUCACUUCUUGUACAUGACAGUGCCGAGCCAUGUGCCGGCACUCGUUAAACUUUAAGAGGAAUCUUUGAAUCUGCCAUUCUUGCAACAUUUGGUGUUUGGUUCAAGCCAGUAUAUGUUUCUCUUUCCUCCCAGAUGUUUGGGUGCCAAGGAGUUUGUCAGUCAUUAUAUCUUGAGUGAUAGAUAUUUUUUUUUUAUUUAGAGAGUAAGUAGCUAAACAGGUGUUUCCAAGAAAAUGCAGACCGUUUUAUUAUUGUGUGUAAUGUCUGCCUUUUUCUGUUGCUCACAAGCAGGUGCUAUUAGUGUGUUUGGUGACAGCUGCACCCUGACUUACAGAUUAUGAAAGGUAAUGCAUAGCCAGAUAAAACAUACGGUUAUUUGAACCACUUCAUACUAAUUGGACUGUUUGUGUUCAGUAUUACUCAAAGUCUUCACUCAUAGGAAAAUAUGCUUUAACAUGAUAUUUUUCCAAAAGUAACUGUGUGCCCAGUAGUUAGCAGGAACAAGUAUUGCCUGUUGAGAUUUGCAUACUGUGCUGUACAAUACAGGCAAGUGUUUGUUAUUGUUAGCUUUAGUAAACUAUUACUUUCAUA